CGCUGUCGACUGGGGAGGAGAGAGUCUUUGGGCUUCGAACGUGUCGGCAGGAAGCAAAAAUUCAAGAACACUGCAAGAACGGGAGCAUUUUUCCUGGCCUCACCUAUUCGUUUUGAAUGCAAUUUUUCAUAUUUUUACACGGAAAGCAGGGGGAGUCGUUGUUAUUUUCUUGAAUGGUGCUUCAUAUACGUUAAGUGUUGUUCAAUUCGAUGCAAUCGUGUAAUAUACCAUUAGCAUUUAAAGAGUGAUCUAGUGAAUGUUCGAAAAUAGUUAAACCAAUCGGUUCGUAAGACUAGAAACGUGACAAAAUGGGUGCCUCUUUGCGGGACUUUUCAUAUAAUUUCGACGACAACGGGUGGCAGGCGACGUCUGCAGUGUGGCAAACCAACUAGGCCACCAUUCUUGUCGGUGGAUGCGUUAGUGUGCGAGAAUUUUCCACAGAGCCAUUGUUGUCUCAUGUGCUUGAUCGAAUCAGAAAAAGGAACGUUGAGCGCACUGGAAUAUACUGAGCCGGUAACACGAACUCAUCAGUCGAUGAUCAUUGACGAGCCAGCAAAAAUCGAGAGUAAUCAUUAAUUACUGUUUUAUCAAUACCACUCUGUGCGGUGGGAAAACAAAUAAAAUUUCCGGCUGAAGGGCGUCGCGACGUAGGCAGGUGGCCGGAAAAGCCGCAGUUCUGCGAAUACAUGUACCAAAGACUGAGUGAGUUAGCCAGUGAGUAAAGGAGCAGCAAGUGAGAGAAACGUAGCAGACACUGUGAGAAAAUUUCGCCAAAAUUCGGAGAAAUGGCCACGGUGUGGUGGAAUGGUGUGUUUUGACUUUUCCGCUAACAAUGGGUGGAAUGUUUUCUGUAGUGUGAAACGGCGACGACAGCGGUGCUUGGUAGUGCGGUCGAUUGCUGCAAAUACUCUGUCGAAAUAGAAAUAAACUAGCGUGGUGCGUUUCUAGUGGCUUGUUAGAACUAGCAAUUCGGAAGAAUCGCAUAUAUGAAAUAUGUGUAACUGAAGUGGGCAAGACGAACCAAUUUUGUGGCAAGAAAUAGAACGAGUACAAGGAUUACAUUCAGACGUUGAAUACUUUACAGUGUUAAUUUUUUUGAAGCAUAGUGUACAGUCGCUGUUUUAAGCUGAUUUCUAUAUUUCGUCGUAUGGUAUUUUAAAAAUGGACGCAGCGGCAGCGCUCAGUAGUGGCAGAUGGCAUCUACAACAAUGCACUGUUCAUGCAUGCAGCCACAUCACAUGUCGGCAAUAUUGUGCAGGUCCAGACAGCAUCCGGUUUCAUAUACGAGGGAGUUUUUCGGACAUUCUCGUCACAAUUCCAGAUUGUACUGGAAAUGGCACAUCGCAUUGAGGUCGGACCAGACAACGAGAGCAAAAUUAUUGUAGACACAGUAGUGGAUCGGCUAAUCUUCAAGCCGUGCGACAUUGUCAGCAUUGCUGCCAAAGACGUCGACCUCGACUACGCCACCAGAGACACAUUUAAGACAGACACCGCCAUCUCUCGGUGCAACGGUAACGGUCGGCCAGAGGAACGGGAACUCGAACCGUGGGACGAAAGCGGUGGUCUAAACGGUGAUUGUGAGUUCAACCUCGAACUAGAUGCCAAUGCCAAUGGAUGGGAUGUGAAUGAUAUGUUCCAUAAGAAUGAGACGAUCUACGGUGUACAGUCAACGUUUGAUCAGUCACUAACUGGCUACACGGUUCAAAUUACGAAAAAAGAUUCCGACGACUUCAAAGCACAGGAAACGGAAGCGGAACGGAUCGCCAAUGAAAUAGAGAAUAAUCCAAUUUACAAAGACCGAAUUGACUUGGAAAACGGUGACGAAGAAUCAGCCUUUGCAGCUGUCGUUCGACCAGCUAAUUCCAGUCCCCAACCGUCGCCAACGGUGGCAUCAACUGCUCCAGCACAAAGUUCUAAUAGUAUGAACGAUAAAAGUAGCACUAGCAAUAGCAAUACAGUAAUGCCAUCGAAUGCAAAAUAUAUAGUUCCGGCCAAGCGCAAGCCCGGGGGUCCAAAUGGCAAGUUAACUGUCCGUAUCAUCCCGCCAAUAACUAAUAACGGUGGACCACCGUCACAACAACAGCAACAGCAACCGCCACCACCCCAGCAGCCACAAAGUCCACAGGCGCCACAUAAAAAUAGUUAUCCUAACAUGUCAAUGCCUUCACAACAGCAACAGCAGCAGCAGCAGCAGCAACAACAACAACAACAGGCACAAUCUCAGCCGCAACAACCGCCGCCUAGUAAUCAACACGUUGGCGGCGGCAUGCAGCAACAACCUGCGCAUUCAACGCAGUACGUGUAUGGACACGUGCAACAUCAACCACAUCAACAACAGCAGCAACCACCACAGCAGCAUGGUCAGUCUUCAGUUGUAAAUAGUAACAAUAAUAUGAACAAAAUGAAUGGUGACGGUGGACGAGAAUUGUCGAAUAGCAAUAGCAUGAAUGUAAAUAGUAACACUAAGCCUUUGCCUCAACGAACAAUGCGGCCAUAUUCGAGUGCAACUACGGUCAACUACAAUGAACCGCCUCCAUCGCUCGGACCCCAGCAAAUGUCGGGCCAGAUGCAAACGAUGAAUAAGCCACCAAUGCAUGUCACCCAUCAACAUCAUGCUACUCACAUGCCUCCACCGCCUGUGGAUACUCAACAGAUCCAGCAGCAGGUGGUGAUGCAACCUCAUCCAGUGGUCCUCUCCGCACCGAUUUUAAGCGUUCCUGGCCCUGCUCCCCCACAGCAACAGCAAAUGCAACAACCUCCACCGCAACCACAGCGACAGGUUGUCGACAAUUUGCGGAAGUUCAGCCAAGACUUCAAGCUGGCCCCUCCUCAGCAGCAACCCCCUAUGCAAAGUGUUCAUCAGCAACCACCUCCCCAGCAUAACGUUCAGCAGAUGCAGCAACAACAGCUGGAUCACACAUCACCCAACCAACAACCCAUGGAAUCUUCACCGCCAAUCUUACAAAAACACUCAGAACCAUCUCCGCAUCAACAACAACAGCAAAACCAAUCUUCCCAAACUCCUUCAGUACAUCAACCUUCUCAACACAUGGUUCCAACACAGCAGCCACAACAACAACCGCAAUCACAACCCCCACCACAACAGCAGCAACCACCGCCACAGCAACAAUCAUUACAACAAUCUGCAACGAGCUCGCCACCACAAACCACGUCUUCGGUUCACAGCAAUAGCAGUACCGGAUCGGUUAGCCAGCUCAAUACAUCAUCUAGCAAUAAUAGCAGUGUUGCUAACAGUUCUAGUGUCGGCAACCAGAGUCAAAACAGUUCUACUAUGGAUAAUAGCACCGGAAGUACCGAUGGUACGGCAAAGGUACCCCCCAAGAAGACGUUCACCUUGAACCCCGCGGCUAAACCCUUCACGCCUCGCAGUCCCAGUACGCCCAAUCCUUCGCGUCACACGUCUUCUAGCCCUCACACCCCGCAGACACCCGGUCCGGUGAUGCAGCAGCAGCAGCAGCAGCAACAACCUCAGCAGCCGCAGCAGCAGGGUAAUUACCCGGGUCAGCAGCACAUGCCCACCCAUCCGCAGAUCUAUGUGCCGACCUACGUGAUGCCUCCGCAGUCCGCAUUCCAGACGACACAACAGCACCCACAUCCCGGACAAGCGCGCCUUAGGAAAGGUGUGCCGGUAGCAGCAGCUUCACAGAUUCAGGUCGCAGCAGCCACCGGUCAGCCUCUGAUGACCGGUCCCAUCCAAAUGUUCCCGCCGUACCCACCGGCCAUCCAUCAUCAGCACUUCCAGGCGGCACCUUCGUUCCAGCCACGUUACGUGUACCACGACACUUCCCAGCCCGCUCAGCUGCAGUAUCUGACGCCUACUCCGCCUUCAACCACACCCUCGCCUGGUCAGCCUCAUCAGCAGUACCAUCACGGAACGCAACCCUCGCCAGCGACUGCCGGGCCACCCACGUAUGUCCCGACCCAUCAACAUCAGCCCCCACAGUAUCCGGUAGUGUGUCCCAUGGUAGCCGCACCACCACAAAUCAUUCCCACGAUCUACCAGAAUAUGCAGCAAGCAGCUCCUCCCCAGAAUCACCACCAGCAAAAUUUGCAUGUGAUGCACGUGGCGCAGCAUCCAUCCGCCCAGUAGCAUAAAAUGAACGCCAGCAGCAACAACAUCAGCAGCAACCACAACAACACUAUCAACAAUAAUAGCCACCACUAUCAUCAUCACCACCACCACCAAAAUCACCAUCACCAUCACCCGGGCGCCGUCAACACUAACAUCAACAGCACCGGUACAAUCACUCACGGCAGCAUGCCGUACGGCGGAAAGCCGAUGAUCAAGAACUGAUGGGCCGGGGCUUAGGUUUGUAUUUGCGUGGGUAAUUAAAUGUUGGACGUGUGUAUCAUUGCGUAUUAGGAAUCGGCGUACGUAGUACUAUUAUUGUAUAUUGAUCAUGAGGAGGAUGCAGAGUCCGCAACACGUGUGGAAACCGAUCCGCUCUUUUAGGGAGGAGCGACCCUUCAGGAGUAGCUUCUAUUCUCAGUUGUUUUAUUGUUUUGCGGCGCAGCAUUAAGUUAUAGUACUAUUACUAUUAUACAACUCCUAGUAAGUAGCUAUGUUAUAACGGUUGAGAAGUGGAAUGGAAUGUCGACACAGUGACCAGGAAAGUGAUGAAAUGGCGUAAAGUUGCAUUUUCUUAUUUAUGUUUAAGUGUACCAGGGCAGGUGCGUGACGGUGAGGAACAUACCAAAAGAAAAAGGAAGGCAAAUAUUCAGGCAUUAUCAGUCUCCUUUGUCAAGUGGCUAGACCAAUGGCAGCGUAGGAGAUGCUUGGUAUGAAUGGUAUUAUCAUUGAAAAAGCAGAAACAAAAUUCACCUAUUAUAAUACUAGAAGUAUUAAAACACUACACACCUGAGAGCAAACUAAAGGAGGAUAAGAUGUCUGUACUUGGUGGGGCAAAAAAAUCUAUUUGUUACUUUGCUUUUUAUUGAAAAAGGAAAUAGAGUUGUUCAUGUUGAUUGUGAAUUGUGAUACGAUAUGAAAAGUGGUAUUUCCCAUUUGACGAUGAACAAAUAUUUUUCUUGAUUGUCGGAAAGUUGCACCAAUCUUCUGCCAUUUUUCUGUAUGAUGCGGAUGUUUCUAUCUAAUUCCAGGAAUCAAAUUCGGUAUUCGCACUCUAAGAUGACCAUUUCUUUCUAUCAUGAACAUGCACGUCUAAGUUUGGGAGAUAAUAUUACCAUUUCCAUAACAAAGUCAAUUAAUGUUUAGCUUCAUUUAACUACAUCGCUAACUUGCCAGCAAGCUGAUUGUCGAACAUAUACGGAUAAUUAAAACUUCUCCUAUCCUCAAAUAUUUAUUUUACCAUCUUUAAGUCAUGGGAAGAAAAAGAGCGGAACAAGCAUUAUUUUCAUCUUUUUACACCCACGUCCCUCGACUUUUUGUGUUCAAAUUUCACUAUUUAGGGGAAACUAAACUUAUAGUAGAAAAAAUAUUAAAAAAAUUUACUUUACCAUGAAAUUCUUCAAGAAAACUAAUAUUUUUUGCGAUCUAUUAAUUAUUUUUAUUUUUCCUUUGUUCAUUAUAGAUCAAGAGGAAAAAAAGAAAUUAACAUUUGUUCCAAAUAAAUUGAAGAUCUCCUUAAGUGCUUAAGUUCAUAAUAAAGCUUCUUUUCACUGUUGCACAUCCCAGUCGGUAAAAUCUAUUUUUUCUACACCAGCAUUGAUCGAAAUUUCCGCCUCGCAGCAUGGUGUUCUUCAGUAAGCCUUGUGAGGAAAGGCAUAGGGUUGCUAAUCCGGAGAUGGCGAGUUCGAUUCUUGGUCCGGUAUAGGAUUUUUGCGGGUGGGGAAUAUUCUCGGCACAUCGGGCAUAAUGUAUCCAUUGCACUUUCCACACAAGAUAUAUACUCAUGCAGUGGUGAGCAUAGAAAAGCUUUCAAUUGAUAACUGAGGAAAUGCUAAUAGAAGUUGAAAAGCAGGCCAAGUUCCAGUUGGAAUGUAGAGCCAUAGAAGAAGAAGAAGCAUGGUGUUCAUUGCCCCUUUCCUUCUCAUGGUAGCUGCUUAGAGCACCAUCAAUUUGCACCUUCCAAUAUUCAUUCAAUUCAAAUAAAAAGCAAUAUUUGGCACAUCUGGUUUCAUUAACAUGCAUAUAGGGUUACUGCUCCUGGACUUCAUCUCAUAGCUCCGAUAUUGGUCUCACGAAAAACGAAGCAAUGGAGAGGUAUUUGGCUUAUUUAUUAUUUUUGAAAUUUUUUUCAACAGUAAGCACGCAUGUUAGCAAGAAGAAGCGACGAAAUUGGUGCCGUAUUUCUUUGUUUCGCGAUGAGAUGAAUAUAUGUUCAGUGAGAUGGAAAACGGAACAGUUCCCCUAUAUAAUCAAUUUUGUAAAUAGUAAAACGAUCAAGUAACCAAUGUGCACCAAUACACAAUCGAAAACAUGGUAGCUGUACUGUCAUUCUAAGCAUCUUUGAUCAAAAAAUUCAAACUCGAGACAAUUUUUCCAUUAAUUUUAGAAUCUAAUUCAAUUUUUGAAUCCAAUGGUUAAUCCAAACAAUACAAACAAUCUAUCAUCGACUACGUGAAACGUUAGAAUUGAUGAUGAGCACUAAUUUCCCGGGUUCUAUUACCAGUUCAAAUGGAGACCAAAAUGCGAAUGCAAUAGGGACUGAAAUCAAUGAAAUCAGCCAUCACAGCUAGAAAGAUCCAGGAACGAUGCACGCAUUCUAGCCAAACUUUUUUUUUACAGAAAGAAAAGUCGAAUGAGCCAUAGAUUCCUUUUAACCUUUCAAGUCACCGGUUAAAGAUGAUGUUUUUCCUGUACUACUGCAAAAGAGUAAGAGUAAAUUAUCAUAUUAUUUUGACAAAACUAUUCCCUUCAAGUUAAUCAUAACGCUACAUUCCAGAUUGGCGACAAGUGCGGGUUACAUUUAUCUCCAAGGCAAAUAAAAAGUAUAAAACAACACCGAAAUCCUUUGGGUCGAGCUUGUCGUCCGUUCUGUUGAAAACAAUGGAAAAAAAUAAUAGUCAAGUGAUCAUACUUUACACAGAUAUCUUUAAGCAAAUACCAGUUUGCUUAUCAGGAAGUCAUGGGUAACCGCAUUACAUGCAGUUGUUACAAAAUUGGGAAAAUCUUUUGAAGCAAAAGAAACUUUACUUGUUGUUAUGAAAUUUCACUCUUAGACAGAUGGAGCAAUACUUCUCAUAAUUCCAUUAAAAAGGCAAUGUCGAAUUAUGGCUUCGAUAAAUGCAUUAUUGAUUGGAUUUAAAAAAUGUUAACAAAAAGAAUAAUAUCAGCUAACUUUGGCAGCUCUUACGUCAGUGUGCGAGCAAUCAAGCAGGCGUAUCCUGUGUUCUUUAAUAGUAGAUGAUCUUCUUAAAAAUCCGUUAGCCCAGGGCUUCGAAGUAAUUGGAUUUGCUGACGAUAUUGCCAUAAUAGUACGAGCAAAUACAGUGAUAUUGUUUCAACAGAAUGCAAACUGCUUUAAAUUAUUUCUCCACGUGAUGCAAUAGAGAAGGAUUGAGUGUAAAUCCUUCUAAAACCACUAUUGUGCUUUUUACGCGUAGGAGGAAAUUCUCACUAAACAACAUGAUAUUGAAAGGUACUCGUUUGGAACUUUCACAUACAGUCAAAUACCUUGGCGUAGUUCUUGAUAGCAAAUUAAAUUGGAACAAGCAUUUUAGAACACGCCAUUUAUAAAGCGACAAAUGCCCUAGGGAUUAGAAAACGAACUUUUGGUGGGCAACGAAAAUCAUUCAUUGGAUAUAUUCAGCGAUAGUAAAACCAAUAAUUUCAUAUGGUUCGUUGGUCUGGUGGCCAAAGACGCAACAAUUACAGGUGCAAUAAGCAGUACACCAUUAAAUGCACUAAAUGCUUUAGGGUAGGACGGGGCAAGAUGAGCACCCUAAGGAUGAUACUUAAUACCGUCUCAGCAAGCAUGCUUUUCUAUAUUACAGACUAAAACACGAAUUUUGAAAAGAACGGUAAUCCCGAUAAAUGUGACGUAACUAAAACUCAAUUUUUGACUGUUUCAAAUAUACUACGGGGCGAGAUGGGCAACCAUCUAAAAAUCAUUUUUACCAACUGAAAUGCAUUAGAGCAUCAAUAUUAACAACAAAUAAUAGUUUUCCAUGCGCAGUGUGCAUAUUAAAACAAUAAAACAAUUUUGGGAUCCAUAAGUGAUUGUUUUUUAUUGAUACCAUCAUAAUCACAUUGAACAACAGAAAUCAGUUUAAAAUUUCAGUAAAUUUAAUAAUGUAUGUUACUUAACAGAUUCAGCGCAUAGUAAAUGAUAAUUGUGGGAUGUGCAAACGAGUUUUAGUAUUUUGUGUAUUAUUUGAUUGUUUCAAAAUGGGGUGCUCAUCUUGCCCCAUUUGAGAUAAAUCAUUCAAAUCUAUUUAAUUAUGAUCAAAAAUUUAAAUUUUAAAUAUUUCAACUCGCCCUAAAAUAUUCUUUGAACUCAUAUAAUGUGUGUACUUGGUCAAUAUUUUCAUUAAAACAUAUUUGUUUUUAAAACAAAAAUAUGUUUGAAUGGUGAUUUCUUAUUAGAAAAUCCCAAUUUUCACCUACAUUUGCUAUUUGAUCUGUAUUUCAGAUUCAUUUUGUUUUUCAAAUACUUUUUCGAUGUCAAGUUUUUUGUUGGAUUAUAGUUUAACAGUGUGCGUGGUUAUCAAGAGAGAAAAAGGCAUAAGAGCGGUAAACAUAAGGGGUGCUCAUCUUGUCCCCGGGUGGCGAUAUUGCCACGUUUUACUCUACUGUACAUGCUUCCUCUACAUCAAAUUGUAAAAUUAGAAGCCGAAAAGAGAGCUUUGAGCAUCAAAAGAUCCAAACACUUUUUUGAAAGUAAUCUUAAGGGCCAUCUUAGCAUUCUAAAAAGCUUUUAAUAAACAAUGAAGACUGGGUGGAGAUAAAUGCAUUACAAUUUCAAUCGACUGUACAAAGUAAAUCACCCUGAGCGUAACACAUGGUUAAAUGGAGGACCGACACUUCGUUCAGGACCGAUUACGAUUAACACUGACGGUUCGAAAUUGAACAACCAAGUGGGGCAGAAGUUACUGGUCCUGGUCCUAUAUUAAUUCCCAUGAGAAGUUGGCGGUCCGUAUUUCAAGCAGAAAUUCACGCAGUUCUAGAGUGUUCUGUAAUAUGCGUAGGAAUUACAGACCUUUUUUUAAUCUUUAUUAAUGAGAAUUACUCUCAAAUAUAUGAAUAAUGAACUUUGAAGGUUUUUCAAUCGGCACUUCAGAACAAGUUGUCCAAAAAUUGCCUUGACGCAAUCAUGUCAAACUAUAUUGGGUUCCAUGACACUGUGGAAUAGAUGGUAACGAAAAAACGAUAUACUGGCGAGACUCGGAUCAUCAAGGACAGGUAUUCAAUCGAAAGCAAUGACUCCUGAAAUUGAUUAGUUGUCAUAUCAAUGAUUCAGUGAGUUCGUUUACAUACCCAAUUAAAAUAUCUCGACAUUUUUUACCGCACACAAAGCUAUUUCCUAUACAUUUCUAUAGAGUUUCUAAGUCUAACCAAGAAUAAAACACUUAAAUUGAAAAAAAAAGAUGAUUUUACCGUUUACAUCGAUACAUGUGUGUUUGCCGAGUGGAAGAAUUGAAUAAAUUAGAUCUACCACACCUUGUGAAAUAGAUUUUAGUAUUCUUUUUUUAAGCUUCACCAAAAGUUAAUUUAAACAGUUUUAUAUUUUUGAUCUUCACUUGGAAUCUUGCUACAUUUCUGAGUUUUGAAUUACCUACAUGUAAUCACUUGAAGGAAUGAUAUCCAUAUCUUUUUAAUUUUCCAUCUUAACACUACAAUCCUAUCUGAACUAGGUUUGCUCCAGGCUCGAUUGAAGAUAAUAUUUGAAAACGAAAUAGAAAAAUAUCGAGUAAAAGAGAGAUCCUUAGGUAAAUCAAUUGGAACCACACUGUUUUUGGAAGAAGCAACACACAAGGGACUACAAUUUAGAGCGGUUCCAUGUAGGUUCAAAACGACUCUGAGAAUAUAGUUUUUAGUAAUGUAGGUAGUUGCAUGAAAAUGGGUGUGUGUGGAUGUGACAAUUAAAACGGAAACGAACUUUUCCGGAUGAUAGAAGAGUUUCCUUCUGGUAUGUAAAGUGAGAUAAGAAACAUUUAUUAUACACUGCAAAAUGUGAGAUUGUUGUAAGAGAGAUUGAACACCCUGUGAGUGGUUGAGAGAAGUAGACACAAUUGAACACUAAUGAAAAGAGAUAACAAAUGUUGAGGAUAAGACGAAGCGAAGUCGAAUACACCCUUAGCCAAUAAACUAAUAUAACUUAUUGAAUUUGAAGUCUAGCGAAAGGAAGCGAAGAAAGGAAAGUCGACGUGAGUGCAGUGAUACACAACCCCCAUGUACAGAAAAAAAGAACGAAGGGACGUGACACAGUAAUCGGUGCUAAAAUACUGUGACCGAAGACAUAAUAACGCGAAAAAGUGCAGUACAUUGCAACGGAAGAAACCAAAAGAAAGAAAAAAGAACCAUUAUAACAUGUUAAACAUGUUGAAUCAAAAUAGGAAAUCAAGAAACAAGUAACGUGUAUAAAACGGAAGUAAAAUAAAUAUGGUCAGAUCGGAAAAGGUACCAUGAGCAAAGAGAGCGUAAAUGAAAAAUUACAUAGUUGCACAAAUGUGCAGAGAUCAAACUGAACUGCUCGAAAAAAAAAGCUGACCUAGAGAGUCGUCGUGGACAAAAGACAAAACUAAAGCGCGGAAAAUCUGCAUAGAUAAUAAUCUGAAAAAGUUCGAACGGAACAAAACCAAAAAAAUGCUUUCCAUUGGCUUUUUUUUUGUUGAAUUUAACGUCGAAUAAAUCCGUUUCGAAACGUUAGUUUUGCAAAUUAUCUUAAAGCAGUAAGUUCGAAUCCGCCUAAUAAAAACAAACAGCAUCAAUAUUAGCAUUAUCAACAUUAGCGGACACAGACAAAGCAAAGCCAACUGAAAACAAUAGUUCAUCUGAUGCACUAUCAUCAAAACAAACCAGGCGAGGAUACAAAAUGACGGUUGAAGAAACUACGUUUUGUUCUAUUAUUUUUGUUUGCCCCUGACUGAGCAUGUUCCUCGAGCAAAAGAAAAUUUCCGUAAUUUCGCCAUAGAGCUGGAAACAACAUGAAAAGAAGUAAACAGAGUAUUGCUCGGGGAACUGAACAGUAACAUUGUUUUUAUGAUUAAACAUCAUUAUGUUAAGAGAAAUAGAGAAGAAAAAAACUGAAAAUAAAACAAAAAAAUCGCUAAACAAAACCGAAA